GAAAAUUUUAUUGCGCAAGAAAAGUAUAUCAAACACGAUUGUUAAGAAAGGAAGUCGUUUAAUAGUUACUAUGAGUCUAACUUGUUGCUAACUGAUAUACCACUGAGAUGAAACCAUUUGUACAAAAUUUUACUAAAAAACAAAAUGAUUGUUGAAGUUAUUAGUAAUUUGUAUGGUCGUUGAAGUUAUAAAGACCAUGAAUCUAAACACGCGACAUCAUGAAAAGUGGUUAAAAAAGAGAAAACUCACUUUUAUUGCGUUUUCAAUUCAACUUAUUAUCAUCGGAAUGGAAUACAGUCUUACAAUUUUAACAUUAUGGUCAUACAUCAAAAAAAUGAUAACUACAGACACACCAAAACUAUAUUAUGGAGUUGUAUCUGUAUCUUAUAUGGUGGCUUCUUCUGUACUGACGCCGGUAAUCGGUAGAUUCGUCGAUAAAAAAAGAAACGUCAAUCAUUGUUUUUUAAUUUGUAAUAUGCUAAUGUUAAGUGGAAAUGUACUCUACAGUUUACCAUUUUCUCCUUUCUUUUUAGUGGGAGGAAGAGUGAUAGCAGGUUUUGGCGGAGCGUUAGAAUCCGUAAUUUUUAGCGAAGCAAUUCGUAGUUACCCAGCCUCUGAAACAAGUUCAAAACUAUCAAUUUUAUCAAUCAUGUACAAUUUAGGAUUUAUGCUAGGCCCAGGAAUAAACAUCUUUUUUAAAGACAUUAGUUUUUUUAUAGGAAACUGGCAUAUACGGGAUGUAAAUUUUCCUGGGCUUUUUAUGGGUUUUGUAUGCAUCGCUAUGGAAAUUCUUACAAUUACAAUGGUAUAUGAUGUAUCAAAAGAAUUUGACUACAAAGCUUUUGCGGAGAAUACUGCAAUAGCUGGUACAGACGACGAAGUUUAUACUGAUUGUGACAUAAAAGACAAUGAGAAACUACCUUUAGUACAAUAUAAAUAUCCUAACGAAAUAAAGACAAAAACUUUAUCCAUAAAUUCAAACAAAUUUACAAUAAUCAAAAUUUUAAAAGUUUUGUUUUUGCGUUUUGAUUCAGCACUUGUAAUGUUUUCUAACUUUUUCCUAUCGUUUUUUAUUAUUAACACAGACACAUGGCUGCCUUUGUUAGUUUUUGAAAAAUUGCAUCUUUCCAUGAUAGAAUUAAACAUCUGUUUUUUGGGGGCCAGCAGUUUCAGCGGUUUUAGUUUGUUACUGUUUAUUUGGAGGCCGUUUUCUGACAAAAAAAUGAUUUUGGUAUUAUUAAUCAGCUUAGGUGGAUUCUGCACCGUCGGCACAAGUUUUAUCAUUCUUUCGAACUAUUCUAACUUUAAAGUAUUAAAUCUUAUCUUAUGCCUUGUAUAUAUAUUUAGCUUUGGAGGAGCUCCAAUAAUAAUUGAUGUUUUUUUUGUAAGCACUUUAGCUAAAAUGGUAAACUCAAGUAAUCUUACAUUUGUCGAUAGUAUUCGAUACUCAAUGUGCACCGCUGGAGCAUUUCUAGCGUUUAUUUGCUCCCCAUUCACGUUUGAUUACGUUGAAGUAUUUGGAACCUUAUAUGCUGCUGUUAUGAUAACAAUUGGAAUCCUCUUCGUUGUCAGAAAAAAUAACUUUAUAAAUGUUAAAUUGCUGUUUUAAUAAACAGUUGUUAUGAUAAGCUGUUUCUAUGAUAAGCUAGUGAAAUGUAGCAUUUUCAAAUUACGUUGUAUGAAAUAUGAUAA